AUGUGCGAGCUAGGUCGGUCCUCAUCCUUUGCUGUAUGUCUGCCUGCCUCGGUGCCUUUUUACAUUACGUUGUGGCUGAGCUUCCCACUGCGUGCGGAGUGGCUGGGCUUCCCACUGCAUGCGGAGUGGCUGGGCUUCCCACUGCAUGCGAAGUGGCUGGGCUUCCCACUGCAUGCGGAGUGGCUGAGCUUCCCACUGCAUGCGAAGUGGCUGAGCUUCCCACUGCAUGCGAAGUGGCUGAGCUUCCCACUGCGUGCGGAGUGCACUGCAUGCAAAGUGGCUGGGCUUCCCACUGCAUGCGAAGUGGCUGGGCUUCCCACUGCAUGCGAAGUGGCUGGGCUUCCCACUGCAUGCGAAGUGGCUGAGCUUUCCACAGCGUGCGAAGUGGCUGAGCUUUCCACAGCGUGCGGAGUGGCUGAGCUUCCCACUGCAUGCGGAGUGGCUGGGCUUCCCACUGCGUGCGGAGUGGCUGGGCUUCCCACUGCCACCAUGCCCUACCCGCCAAUGCGCCUUGCUCGCUACCCAGCCAGUGCUCGCAAGAUGCCCUGCCCUUGCUUGUUUCACCUCUCACCCUCUUGA